GGCAGAAGGACACCUCGAGCCAGCUUUCCCAGGCCCUGAACGGAUUGUCAGACAGAGCCAAGGAAGCAAAAGAGUUCCUGGUCCAGCUCCGCAACAUGGUGCAGCAAAUCCAGGAGAACAGCGUGGAGUUCGAGGCCUGCCUGGUGGCCCAGUGUGACGCCCUCAUCGACGCCCUCAACAGAAGGAAAGCCCAGCUGCUGUCCCGGGUCAACAAGGAGCACGAGCACAAGCUGAAGGUGGUGCGAGACCAGAUUUCUCACUGCACAGUCAAGCUGCGCCAGACCACGGGCCUGAUGGAGUACUGCUUGGAGGUCAUCAAGGAGAACGACCCCAGCGGCUUCCUGCAGAUCUCCGACGCUCUCAUCAGGAGAGUGCACUUAACCGAAGACCAGUGGGGAAAAGGGACGCUCACACCCCGGAUGACCACAGACUUCGACCUGAACCUUGACAACGCCCCUCUGCUGCAGUCUAUCCAUCAGCUCGACUUUGUGCAGAUGAAAGUUUCCUCCCCAGUGCCGGCGCCCCCGAUCCUGCAGCUGGAGGAGUGUUGCACCCACAACAACAGUGCCACCCUCUCCUGGAAGCAGCCCCCCUUGUCGACGGUGCAGGUGGAAGGUUAUAUCCUGGAGCUCGAUGAUGGCAAUGGCGGCCAGUUCAGGGAGGUGUACGUGGGCAAGGAGACCAUGUGCACGGUGGAUGGGCUUCACUUCAACAGCACGUACAGCGCACGUGUCAAAGCCUUCAACAAAACAGGAGUCAGCCCCUACAGCAAGACUCUGGUCCUCCAGACGUCCGAGGACACGCAGUCAGAAGAACAGACCCUCCCUUUUCCAGUGCCUUUGGAAAGAUCGCAGCUUCGUAGAAUGAGUCCUUUCUCCUCCACCCUUAAUCUACAACCCAGCUUUCCGGGGAGAUCCUACUUUGAGCUAAGAUCUUCGGCCCACCAGCUGAGCUUGCAUUCUUCUUUACAGUCCCUGAAUUCAGCCGGAUGCAAUUUUGAGACACAAGGAACGCCUUACUCUCAAUUAGUUGACAUUAAAAAAAUGGUGGCAGUUGCUUGGUUUUCUUUCGAUCCCGCCUCUGCCCACGCUGACAUCAUCUUUUCUAAUGACAACCUGACUGUCACCUGCAACAGCUAUGAUGACAGGGUUGUGCUGGGGAAAACGGGCUUUUCCAAAGGGCUCCAUUACUGGGAGCUCUCGAUCGAUCGUUACGAUAACCACCCUGACCCGGCCUUCGGCGUGGCACGCAUCGAUGUCCUGAAGGAUGCCAUGCUGGGCAAGGACGACAAGGCCUGGGCCAUGUACGUCGACAAUAACCGGAGCUGGUUCAUGCACAACAAUUCGCACACCAACAGAACCGAGGGUGGGAUAACGAAAGGCGCCACAGUGGGAGUGCUGCUGGAUUUAACCAGGAGGACCUUGACGUUCUCCAUCAACGAGGACCAGCAAGGCCCUGUCGCCUUCGAGAACCUGGAGGGCCUCUUCUUCCCCGCAGUCAGCCUCAACAGGAACGUGCAGGUAACGCUGCACACCGGCCUGCCCGUCCCCGAGUUCUACGCUUCGCGCUCGGCCAUGCC